UCCGGGGUGAGCCUGUCCCUCUGGAUUCAGGCUGGGGCCGCAGUCCGAUCCGGGAUAGAGUGGGAGUCGGAUUUGGCCCCUGAGCGUGUGCUGUCGCGCGUGCUGGGCUAUGGCCGGGGUCAGCGGAUCAGGGUCGGCUGGGACUGCCGGCGGGAGCAGCAACAGCGCGGUGAGAGGACUUCGAGUGGACGGACUGCCUCCCCUGCCCAAAAGCCUGAGCGGACUGUUGAACUCGUCGUCGGGCGGGGGCGCCUCCGGGGGCUGGCGACACCUGGAGCGGCUGUACGCUCAGAAAUCCCGCAUCCAGGACGAGCUGAGCCGCGGAGGAGCUGGGGGCUGCUGUGGCGGCGUGGGGCGGACAGCGGCGCCUCUUCCCAAGCCUCCAAACCUAGAUGCCGCCCUGGCCCUGCUCCGCAAGGAGAUGGUUGGCCUUCGACAGCUGGACAUGUCAUUGCUGUGCCAACUUUACUCCCUCUAUGAGUCAAUUCAGGAAUACAAGGGGGCUUGCCAAGCAGCCUCCAGCCCGGACUGCUCUUAUGCCCUGGAAAAUGGCUUCUUUGACGAAGAGGAGGAAUAUUUCCAGGAGCAUAGUUCCAUUCACAAUGGGAGGGAACAAGGUGCCCAGAUGGACUUUACACUGCCCAUCACUCCUCUCUCCAACAGCGACUGGAUCCUGGAGUCCAUUUAGAAGACCUGUAGAAGGGAUACAUCUGACUUUAGGGUGUGUGUUGUGUUGAGGGGAUACCCUCAGAGACUUCUGCCCAUUUUUGUUUCUGCCAGACUGUCAGUACAUUCUCCUUUUCUGCAAGCAUUCCUCUGGAAAAAAGAAAGUGUACCAUUGAACUGUGGGUAGUCAUCAGGUCUCAAUAUGGGAGCUGCCAAAUUAAUUUAUGGGCAGGCCCUUCAUCAUCAACAGCCUGUCCGGAUGGUUGGAGUAUCUGAUUUGGCAAACUGUCUGUGUCAGAACAAGAUAAUUGAUGCCCUUGUCAUCUUGAUGUUCUUACAUUGGGGACUUUGUUGAAGGUUUGUGUCCCUUUGAUGCAAAAACAAAAACAAAAACAAAAACGAUUCUUUCCUAAAGUGGCCAUUUAGUGGGGAACUGCCCUGUGCUGUAUAGAUUGAAGUUACUGAGUCCAUAUGAUACUAUGGUAUUUGGGCUCUUCUCUGGGUGGGCUGUUUGCACUCUGUCUUGUGAGCUGUGGGAUUUUGUUUGUUUGUUUGCCUCAAGUUUGCCAUAUGUUAAAAAUAACAUUUUACUGUUCCCUCUUUUGAAUCCAUUCUCCAGCUGUUCCUCUGCCUUUUAUUUCUAUUUAAAUGAGCUAUCAGGACUCUUGGCUAAGUGGCAUUUUGUGAACCACAUAACCAACUGACUUCCAGUUGAUUUAAUGAGCCACCUACUGAGAAGUGACCAUUUAAGAAAAUUUGGGUGCCAAUCUGUGGUUCCCAAGUUACCACAGGAGGGGAGUCCUUCUUUGCUAGUCACAUACCGUAGAAAGGAGAUUAAUACUAACUGAUAUUUAGAAGGAAAACUGGGACAAGCUGUAAUAUUUUGUAUUACCUGAACAAUUCAUAAUGAGACUAUUGAAAACAUUUUUUUAAAAAUCUGCAAGUGUAUCUUAAAAAUGUUGUUCUGAUACAUUAGACAGAAGUCAGACUACUCCCUAUGCUCAAAAGGAGAAUUACUGUUGGCCUUACCAUAUUUAUUAAAAUGAUACUUUAAAAAAGCACUGGAUUUUGUUGUUUAUUUAAUCUAUGGAUGUAUAACUGGAUGAUCUGUGAGAGUUGAAAGAAAACACUUAUUUUCUGUUUUUUAAAUUUAGGAUGUGUUAAAUCAAGUCAGACUGUAAUACAAAUGGAGUAAUCAUGCCUUUGUUCCCCACUCUACCACAAAGUUACUUGGGACUUAGAAAUGAUUGUCCUAGAAAGAAGGGGACUUCAGACAGGGUUAGACACUUGGUAUUAUGGAGGUUUUUUAAAAAAAUAGUUCAUUAAAUAUUUCCCAAUUUACAUGUAAACAUUUUUAAACAUUCAUUCAAAAAAUUUUUGACUUCCAAAUUCUCCCCUCCUCCACUCUUGAGAAGACAAGCCAUAUAUUGAUUAUUCACGUAUAGUCAUUCAAAACAUUUCCAUAUUAUCCAUGUUACAAAAGGAAACAGUUAAAAAAAUCUUAAAAAUAUGCUUCCCACCCUUUUUCAUAUGCUUUACACUCAGAGUUCCAUAUUACCCUCUUUAUAGCAACAAACUUAAAUGACUUUCCCCUAAAAAACAAAACAAAACAAAACAAAAAAACCCAGACAAACUUUAGUUCUAUAUGCUGUAUACUCAGAGUUCAGCAGUUCCCUUUCUGGAGGUGGAUAAUUAUUUUUUCAAUCACGGGUCCUUUGGAAUUGUCUUGCAUUACUGUCUUGAUCAGAGUUGCUAAGUCAUUCACAGUUGUUCAAUCUUACAAUAUUGCUGUUACUGUAUGUAAUAAUUUACUGAUUCAGCUCACUUCAUUUUGUAUCAGUUCAUAUGUCUUCCUAGGUUUUUUGUGGAAAUGUCUUACUUGACAUUUCUGAUAGCACAUUAGGAUUCCAUCAAAAUAAUAUACCAUGGUUUAUUCAGCUAUUCCCCAAUUCAUGGGCAUUCACUUAAUUCCAGUUCUUUCCCCCCACAAAAAGAGCAGCUAUAAAUAUUUUUGUACAGAGAGGUCCUUUUCCUGGUUCUAGGCUUUCAUGGGAAUAUAGACUUAGUAGUGGUAUUACUGGCAUGAUGGAUCUUAAGGAAGUUUAGCUCCUUUAUUGAUUCAACAUAAUAUUAAAUCUUGGUAAGUAGCAAACAUGUUUAUAGAUUAGUUAUCAUGGGAAUAUGAUUUUAGACUGAGAGUUCAUCUCUUGUGUGUGUUGUGGAACUUUUUGAGGGUGUGUUGAAACCUAUGGGUCCCUUCUCAGAAGAAUGUGUUGUGUUUUCUUUUUAAGACCUUAAAUUUUGUUUUAUUUUCCCCCAAUUACAUGUAAUAGGUUUCCAACAUUUUUCAAAGAAUAUUGAGUCUUGAAUUCUCUCCCUUCCUCUGUCCCAACCUUUUUUCCCCCUUGAGAUGGUAAGCAACCUUAUACAGGUUUUACAUGUGCAAUAAUGUAAAACAUUUUCCCAUGUUAAUCCUUUUGUGGAAGAAAACUCAAAUAGAAAAAAAAAUUAAGAAAGUAAACUUUUGCUUUGACUUGGA